UUUAUCUUUCACGCAUGCAAGGCGACAUCGCAAAUUGGUGGUCCGGCAUACCGCCCAUCACGAAACACGUGCUGUCCAUUUCGGUCCUCACGGCUGCUCUGCUGGAAUUGGGCCUGGUUUCGGCCGCCAGUUUGGCGUGGAUACCCAAGCAAAUCGUGCAAAAUUUCGAACUGUGGAGACUGGUCACGCCCUUCUUUGUCCAAAAGCUGUCCUUGUCCUUUCUGUUCAGAAUGGUGCUACUAUUUAGGUGUUCGUCCGAAAUUGAACAAACGACGUUCGCAAGCAACAGAAGUGGCUUUUUCUUUAUGAUCCUUGUAUCUUGUUUUUGCUCCCUGAUCUUGUCGUGGCUUGUGAAAGUCUAUUUCCUGAGCACUUGCCUAUACAUGAUCAUUAUUUACUAUUGGUCGAAAGUUAACACGAACUCGAUCAUUUCGAUGAUGUUCGGAUUCACGUUUCGGUCGAGAUACUUGCCCUGGGUUCUCGUUCUUUUUUCGUUUCUGUCAAAAGAAAGUGUCGUUCCUUAUAUCGUGGGCAUUCUUUCUGGCCACCUCUAUUGGGUACUGGCCAACCCCCUGUCCCGGGACAUUGGGUAUCCCCUCAUGGACCCGCCAAGCUUCUUGAAGAAGAUUUUUCGCGAGUCGGCCUCGCAACGCGCCAGACAAGAUGACAGAUCGAGUACGUCCAAAAAAAAAGCUGUCAGGAAAAAAAGACUGACGAACUUUCAGCUUCUAGAGGCCUACGCUAUUCUUGGGGAACUGGACACCGUCUUGGGGGAGGCUGAGUGUGAGCGCCAUUAUAAAUCAGAACAGCUUUUAUGUUUCGAAUGCAAUUUUUUUUUUUUUUUUUUGCCUAUAACCGGGCCAUUCGAUGUCUGGAGUGAGCAAGUGUUAUUACGAUAUUUUAGGGGUGAAGCAAGAUGUGACAGAAGAAGAGCUUACCCAGGCGUACCGUCGAUUGGCCCUUAGGUGGCAUCCCGACAAGAACAUCCACCAGGUAGAGUUGGCUAGCGAAAAGUUCAAAGAGAUCAGGUCUGCCUACGAAAUCUUGUCUGACCCGAAGGACAGAGCAUGGUACGAUGCUCACCGAGACGCCAUUCUGAAAAAGAGUAACGACGAAGAAGACUCGGACGAAAUAGACUGCCUUUGGAAAUACUUCAGGUCGGAUUGCUACAAGGGUUUCGGUGACGAAGGAAAUGGGUUUUAUAAGGUGUAUGGCGACCUUUUCGAAUUGAUUGAUGGACUCGAGGUCAAGUGUCGAAACUCUAGAAAGAGGGCACCUAAGUUUGGCAAGAGCACAUCUAGAUAUUUAGAAGAAGUCGAGUUGUUUUACACGUAUUGGAUGCGCUUUUCCACGUGUCGCACGUUUGCUUGCAAAGAUGUUUAUAACACGUUGACUGCACCCAACCGUCAGGUGCGUCGUUUGAUGGAGAAGGAGAAUGCCGCUGUCAGGAAGGCCGCCAAACAGUCGUACGAGAAGCUGGUGAUUCAAUUAGUUCGCUUUGUUCGAAAAAGAGAUCCUCGUGUCGCCGCCUGGAACCUAGAAAAUCCUAAAACAGACAAAGUAAAAAAGAAGAAGAAAGUGGUUGAUUCAGGUCAAGCUGAGAAGCGCAGACUGCCUGCCUGGGAGCCCCAAUCAGAAUCGAUUGAUUUUUCUUCUAUUGAAGAUUUUUCAUUGCUGAUGAAUGAGAAAGACUUAAAAGAAUAUCAGCGUCUAUUCGGCGAAAAUCCCGUCGAAGAAGACGAAUUUUACUACAACUGUCCAGUUUGCGACAAGGACUUCAAAAGCGCCAAGCAAUUGGACAACCACGAGCGUAGCAGGAAGCACAGAGAGCUGGUAGAGUACUUGAGAAGCGAGAUGUUACAAGACAACGAGACGUGUGCAGAAGAGGAAACCAAGCCGUUAUCGGAUUUGUCAACACUUGAAGAGAAUUCGUGUAACUCAGGUGGUUUGUCCGCAGACGAGUAUCAACCAUCCAACACGGAGGCGAGCGAAGGGGUCGUAGAUGCAGACGUUUGCACUUCGGUCGAUUCAGAGUCGAAUCACGACAGAGAGGAGGACGAUUGUUUAGCUCGCAUGGCCGAACUGAGAUCGACUCGUCCUGAGCACUCAAAGUGCGACGAUUCCGGGUUCGAGGUGAACGCGUCUCUCAACCGCUUGCUCGAAGAGUUUAGUUUGGACGAAGAGAGGCCUCGAGCGUCCGGUGAUUCUGAGAAUUUGGCUAAAUCAAAAAAGAGGCGUGCGUACAAGAAAAAGAGUGAUUCUUUUGCUCCUUCUAAUUCCCAAAAACCAUCGAAAUGCAGAGUCUGUCAAAAAGAGUUCCUUUCGAGAACGAGUUUACACGCGCAUCUACGAGAGGCCAACCAUGCAACUGCUAUUUAGUCCAAAAAGAUUGUACGCUGACGAGAGGUGUCUCGGAUGAUUUUUUAUGAGAGCAUGUACACCUAUUGUAAAUACUGUAAAUACCGCGAAUGCUCUUUUUGUACAACAGACUUUUUUGAAGUUUUUUACGGUAUUUUUUUCAACUGUCUGGUUAUUUUGUGGUGCACGGUGGCUUUAGAUCGCAUUGUCUACGUGGUUUCAGUAGUGUGCGAUGAAUGAUGUGGCGAUAGAAUACUCGCAAGUCGCCUUGCCGACUGAUAGGGAUGUGCAACCGUCCUUUUCGGUCGGUGAUGGUGUGCGCAUCCCAGAAGAGCAGAAGCCCUUUUAUUCGCCUCGAAAAAAUAUUAUUGUGCUUGAACUGGGUUCUUUCUGCAUCCGUGUUGGCUUUAGCGACAAAGAGGACCAGCCGCCCAUCACCAUUACCAAUGCCAUUGCCUAUCGUCGGUACCUCCAGCACAAGUCCGAUUCGAGUGACACCGACGAGACGAUCGAAAAAAAAAUCGACGAUUCACACAAAAAGCCCAAUUGUGUUUUAGACUCUAAGACCGGCGCGAGUAUUUUCUCCCCGGAGGUGGAGUCGCUGGUUUCUGAGCUGGAGGAGCGCUAUGCGUCCGCCUACGACAAUUUGAAGCGCACGUCGACUUCGGUUCGACUAUUGAUACACGAAAACUCGUGUGAGACGCUUUCAGAAGAAAGUGAUACGCCCACCGAAUGGAUGCCUAUAGAAAACAAUACGAGUUAUUUCAUUGGGGAUCAGGUGCUGUAUCUCGACGAUUCCGAUCCCUACAACAUUUAUUUUCCAUUUUACGCGGGUCAUUUCAACUACAAAUAUCUCCAUAUGACGUGCCCUGAUCCAGAUCGUCAGUCUUUUGCCAUCACGCACGCCUUCGUCAAGGACAGCAUUACCAAGAUUUUGACCGAGGUGUUCCUAGUCUAUAUGGACGUUCGCAAGGAGGAGUUGGCGCUGUACGAUGUGAUGCUCGUAAUUCCAGAUUCUUUUUACAAGAGAGAGGUCAAGGAUUUGAUUCACAUACUGCUGCUGGACAUCGGUUUCGGGAACAUCUUGCUUCACAAGUCUGGUCUUUGCGCUGCGGUGGGAUCCGGAAAAAGUGCGUGUUGCGUUGUGAACAUAGGAUAUUGUCAUACAACGAUUUCGUGCGUUGACAAUUUUGAGGUUCUGAAGCCGAGUUUAAUGUCUCUGCCCUACGGGGGGAUUGACGUCAGUCUGUUCCUUAAGGACCUACUUGCUAGAUCGAGCGAGGUGAACUUUUUCAAGUAUCACUCGGCCAACAUUCGAAAGUCUAUACAAGAUUUGAUCAUUUUCGAGGAAAUCAAGGAGUCGACUUGUUGCUUCGAUGUCAACUCGAUCAAGCCAGAAAUGUACGUGUUUCUGGUCAGACAUCGCAGCACGCCGACUGUUCUGUACCGUCUAGACAUCGGCAUGGCUCAGCUUAUCGCACCGUUUGUGUUGCUCAACCCAGCGCUCAGACCCAAGACCGAGCAGGAACUGGACGACCCGCGUCACCGGAUGUGUUGUCUAGAAGAUGAUCCUGAGGACCUUUGGGCGAACGUCUGGCUAAACCGCCAUUCUUCUAGCCAAUCGUGUUCAUCAGAACAUUCUAAGCCAAAGCACAAAAAAAAGGCCGGCGACAAACCGUCUCAAAGCGGCGGACUGACAGAAAGGGUAAAUCCCGCCGCUCCUCAAACCGAGGGCGACGUGGGCGAUGAUGCCAUGGUACUGGGCGAUGUUUCAGAAUCGGUGGAAAUGUCAUCUCCCAAUCCGAAAUUGAAUCAUGCAGAAAAUUCUCUUGCACAAAAAAUCAUUGAAUCCAUCACCAACAGCACAAGUCAGCCACGUCUUUUGCAAACCUUCUUUAACCACAUCGUCCUAAUUGGUGGAUCCUCCUCCAUUGCCGGGCUCAAAAACCAGUUAGAGUCGGAAAUCUGCAAACUUCUGCCCGACGAUUCCAACAUCCAAGUCAUCGCUUCUCCCCCCUCCACCGGCGUCUCACCUUCGAAUUGCGUAUGGCGUGGUGCAUCCGUUUUGGUCUCCAAGACGCCGAGAGAGUAUUGGCUUGAUCGCGGAGCGUUCCGACUACGAGGACUGACUGCCCUUCGAGAAAAGCUCUUGUUUUCCUGGGAUUCCUAACGCGCCCUUCUGCGGUCAAUUGUUGCCGUUCUUGCCCGAGGGCAACGUAGAUUUGUUCUCUGGCGCUCUCUCGGAUGCGCCUUUCAAAAAAGAAAAAUUUGGACAUUGUACUUUUUUUUUUUGUCACCCGUCAAAGGCGACAUAUCCAAGCUUCGUGGCGCUCUUCUCUCAGUCGAGUCAUGCCCGCCUACAACCCAGAAAAGACGCUUGAGAAAUACGGCUGGAAGCGCGGUGACGGAAUCGGCCUACACGGACAGGGAAGAGUCGAGCCUAUAGAAGUCGUGGUCAAGAAAGAUUUGCUCGGAUGCGGUAGCACUUCGAGCCGUUCCUCGCAUAGCUUCGAUUGGUGGAAUCAAGUUUACUUUUCUGCGUCGAAGGGCAUCUCGGUCGAGUACUCGGAAGACCGCGAACAAGUUCAAGUGCGCGGCUGUGCGAAUACUACGAACGACAAAAAAACCAUAUACAAUGGGCUUUUUGUACGUGGAGGAAUGCUUCAAGAAGAAAAGCACAGUCCGGUAAACCCCUCUGAGUCCUUGCAAGAGUUCGAGGCGUAUCACUUGAAAGACUUGCGCUCGAACAAGCAAAUUGCCUCGCUAUUCAUGAAGCCUCGUCGAAGGGCCAUUCGCACCGCAAGAGCAGUCGGAGAAAGCAUCUUCGUGACAAGUCGUUGAGCACAAAAAAGAACAAGGGGUGCAACUCAUAGUGGCGUCGUUUAAACGACCGCGACGCUGGUGCUUCAUUACACUCGGUAGCGAAGCAUACGUGCAGUUUGAUCUCAUCCUUUGAUGCAUGACGACUCGAAGUUCUGGCACAUGUGCUAUCAAUUCUCACGCUGGAGACCUGAAAAUUUUUAAGGCGAACUGUGAUUUUAGUCGUUAUUUUACAAAAGCAAGAAUUUGUGUUAAUAAAUUUUGCAGUAGCUCAUUGAAUCAAGUUCUAAACCAA